AACAAACAAACAAACAUGGCAGCAAUCACAGAGGAUCUGCAUGAGCUCUCCCGUGAGUUAAUAACAGAUAUUUUAGACCCGGCAGAGAAUGUUGACGCUGGGAUUUCGGACCCUGAACAUGUGGCUAGCAAAGCAGAGGGAUUUAUUGAAGUUCUUGUAGUUAUUUCCGGUCUCUCUGACCAAGAUAUUGACAGAAUAGUGUUCGCAAACUUAGAAGAAGUUCUCCAGCGCUUCUCCCGUAUGGGGCCGCAACACACACACGGACCAGGGCGCCCGGCUUUUGACAUACCCACUGCCGUUCUAGAGCAUCAUGUCCGGUGUGGGCUACCAGCGAGUGAAAUUGCUGAGAGGUUUGGAGUUUCGAAGAGGACAAUCAGAAGGCACAUGAAACAUAGUGGCCUAAGAAAGACAGAUCUCUACACACCUGUUGCUGAUGAGGAGUUGGACCGUAUUGUAAGCGAAGUCCACAGAAGCCAUCCAAACACCGGCUACAAGCUAAUGCGUGGACAUUCGAAUGCUAGAGGUGUGCGUGUUCCAAUCUCAAGACUGCGAGAGUCUUUGCACAGAGUGGAUGCUGAGGGAGUGUACAUGAGACGUCUACGGCUGCAUGUAAUAAGACGACAGCAGUAUUCUGUUCCUGGCCCAAACUCUUUAUGGCACAUAGAUGGUCACCACAAGCUCAUAAGGUGGAGAUUUGUUGUCCAUGGUGGGGUGGACGGAUUCAGUCGACUGGUGGUCUACCUGAAUGUGGCUGGCAAUAAUAGGGCUAGCACUGUCCUACAGAGCUUUAUCAAUGCCGUUCAGCAGUACGGGCUGCCGUCAAGGGUACGGUCUGAUAAAGGAAGAGAGAAUUCAGACGUAGCAGAAUUCAUGAUCAGGAGCAGAGGUACCAACAGGAACUCUCACAUCACAGGCAGAAGUGUACACAAUCAGCGGUAGGUACAAUAUCUGUUUGGCGACUACUAUUACACAGUGGUGGACAAAGUACUCAACUCCAGUACUUGAGUCAAAGUAUUGAUACUCGUGGUCAAAUCUUACUCAACUACAAGAAAAAGUUGCUCGGUCAAGAUUUUACUCAAGUUAAAGUACUAAAGUACUUACUUUUAAAAAUACUUAAGUAUUCAGAAGAACAAAGUGCAUUUUCUAAUAUCAGUGCAUUGCUGUAUUGUUUUCUCAGUGCUUAUACAGAACCUUGUAACUCUCUGAAACCACCUAAUGAUGUAUUGACUUACAAGUCUAUAGAAACACCUGUAAAAACUUCAGCAUGAAAAUGCAAUCAAAAACAAUAAGGACAGUUAUUGUCAUUUAAAUUUUUUAUUUAAAUAUCCCCACCCAAAAAAAACAGGAGGGCCUUUUUUUCUCCCCACACAUUCACUGUGGGGGAGUUGCAAGUUUACUGUUCAGUCCAUUACUGCGAACAAACUACAACUCUGCUUUCAAGAACUCAUCAUCCAGUUGAACCACUUGGCUACAUGGCAACAU